UGGAUUAAAUAAAUGAAAUUUGUUUGUAUGUUAUGGGUGGCAUAGGGGAAAUGCAAAAAGGGCAUAAUUUUCUGAAUGGAAUGUUUAUGUAUUUUGGAGGAAGUUUUAGGGAUGGUUUGUAUCUUGGGGGAGGGAUUAGAAAAUAUUUGGCAGCUCUUAUGAGAGGGGAGAGACCAUGAAAAUACUAUGAAAAUUCUAUGACUUAAGAUCUAAUUGGCAAACAGGGAAGAUGAAGAGGCAAGGAAGGCUCAUGAGGAGCAAGUCUUUGAGGUCAAAUGAUGGAAAGGGACUCUGGCAGAGGGGCAGCAUCGUGGGAAGUGACUCAUGUACUAUGUUGCCUGCCUCUGCACAAGCCAGGUCCCUGCCCAGCUGGUGUGGCAUCGAGCCCUUUGGCCUAGUAGGGACUAUGUACUGACAGAGCUGCGAGUAUCCAAGAUCCGUGGUCAUCGUUACUACGUUUGGACAACCAGUCCCUCCUCCCGUCUCUUGCCGCUGAAACCAGAGUGUGUGCGAGAGCUGGAACUGGAGCUGGAUGGACCCCUCUUGGAGGCUGACCCCUCCAAGAGUGACCCCAAGCCACUCCCCAGACCUAGCAACUCCGAGGACAAGAAGGGUCAAAAAGGUCUUGUCCGGGACUCCAGACUCUUAUCAUAUAUGGGAACGGUCACUGGCGUGCUGAAUCAGUCUGCUGGCCUCUAUGAGCUGGACGGGCAGCUGGGGCUUUGCUUCGCCUACCAGCAAUUCCAUGGUCUCAGGCGGGUGGUGCGCCCAGGAGUCUGUCUGGAACUCCAGGAUGUUCACCUCCUCCAGUCAGUGGGCGGAGGGACAAGAAGGCCAGUGCUAGCCCCCUGCCUCCGUGGUGCUGUUCUGCUUCGGGGCUUCUCUCGUCAGAAGCCUGAGACUCCGUCUCCCCACCAAGCCCAGGGGGCCUCCCUGUAUGAGCAGCUGGUAUGGGAACGUCAGUUAGGACUUCCCCUCUACCUGUGGGCUACCAAGGCCCUGGAGGAGCUGGCCUGCAAGCUGUGUCCCCAUGUGCUGAGACACCACCAGUUCCUGCAGCAUUCCUCUCGUGAGAACCCCAGCCUUGGGCUACAACUCCUGGGUCCUACCUUGGAUGUUCUAGCUUCAUCUUGCUGCCCCAGUCGGAGUUCACACAACGAGAUCCUUGAAGAGCCACAUCACUGUCCACUCCAGAAGUAUGCUCGGCUGCAGACUCCCUGCUCUUUCCCUACUCUGGCCGCCCUGAAAGAGGAAGGGCAGUGCAAGGCCUGGGCCUCCUUUGACCCUAAGACCCUUCUGCCCCUCCCAGAGGCUUCUCACUUGCCCAGUUACCAACUCAAUCAGCGCCUGGCCUGGUCCUGGCUCUGUCUACUGCCCUCUGCCUUCCACCCAGCACCGGUUUUACUUGGGGUUCUGGUGGCUUCAUCUCAUAAAGGUUGUCUGCAACUUCGAGACCAAAGUGGUUCCCUCCCCUGCCUCCUCCUGGACAAGCACUCAAAACCCCUCACUGACCCCCAGCUCAUAGGCUGCCUGGUGCGGGUAGAGAGGUUCCAGUUGAUUGUAGAGAGGAAGGUCAGAAGCAGCUUCCCUUCAUGGAAGGAACUGAGCAUGACAAGCUUCAUCCAGGAGCAGCAGGCCAGAGUCUACGUUCAGUUCUUUCUGGCCGAUGCCCUGAUCCUGCCUGUACCCAGACCCUUCCUUCACUUAGCCACCUCCUCAACACCUCCUCAGACAGAGCCCACCCUCCCAGAGGGUCCCCACCUAGGACAGAGCCGGCUAUUCUUGCUGUCCCACAAGGAGGCACUGAUGAAGAGGAACUUUUGUGUCCCCGCAGGAGCCAGUCUGGAAGUGCCCAGGCCCACCCUCAGUUUCCAUAUAUCAGGGAGCUGGGUUGGGGGCACCCAGAGGAACGAGGGGACUGGAUGGGGCCCACCUGAGCUCAAGGAAAAGGAGGACAAGGAUCAGAAGGUUUUCCUCAUCUUCCUUGGCUCCUCAGUUCGCUGGUUUGAGUUCUUGCACCCAGGGCAAGUGUACCGACUCGUGGCUCCUGGCCCUCCCGUGAGUAUGUUGUUUGAGGAGGGAGGUUCAUCCUGCAUAUCACAGCGUCCCCUGGAGUUGGCUGGCUGUGCGUCCUGCGUCACUGUCCAGGAUGAGUGGACCGUGGAACUUGCAAGCUCCCAGGACGUCCCAGAUGUGCCGGAUAUCAACCAGGCACUGCCUGAAUCCUCACUGACUGACCUGCUCAGUGCCAACUUCACCGAUUCCUUGGUAUCUUUCUCAGCUGAGAUUUUGUCACGGACACUGUGUGAGCUACUUCCAGCCCUUCUCUGGACGAAGCCUGGGAGCACUGGGGCCGUGAGAGGGUGUGUGAAGCUAACCGUAGCUCUGGAGACUGCUGACUGUGAAUUCCCCCCUCACUUGGACAUAUAUAUCGAAGACCCACACUUGCCUCCCCCACUAGGACUCCUUCCAGGAGCCCGAGUCUACUUUAGCCAGCUAGAGAAACGGGUUUCCAGAUCCUACAAUGUUUAUUGUUGUUUCCGGUCAUCUACUUAUGUGCAGGUCCUGAGUUUUCCCCCGGAUACCACAAUCAGUGCUCCCCUGCCCCACAUCUACCUGGCUGAACUUCUGCAGGGUGGCCGGGCCCCAUUCCGGGCCACUGCUUCUUGCCAUAUCGUUUCUGUCUUCAGCCUUCAGCUCCUCUGGGUGUGUGCCCGUUGUACCAGCCUCUGCCCCCAGGGAAGGUGUACUCGUCAGGGCCCCACUUGCUCCGCCCAGACAUCUAUAAGCCAGGCCAGUAUCAGGUUCCUGGUGGAGGACGGGACUGCUGAAGCUGUGGUGGCCUGUAGGAAUCAUCAGGUGGCAGCAGCACUAGGGCUGUGUCCUAGUGAGUGGACCUCUCUCCUAGAGUUUGUCCGAGGGCCUGGGAGAGUGGCUUUGCAAUUUACAGGGCCUGGAGCCCAACUUGAGUCCUCAGCCAAGACUGAUGAGCCCUUGACCCUCUUCCUCCGGACACUUUGUACCAGCCCCUCUGUCCUCCGCCCUAUUGUGCUUUCUUUUGAGCUUGAGAGGAAACCCUCCAAGAUCGUCCCGUUAGAACCUCCUCGGCUACAGCGAUUCCAGUGUGGGGAGCUGCCUUUACUGACCCGUGUGAGUCCCAGGAUCCGACUGUCAUGCCUCUCUAUCCAGGAGCCUGAGGACCCCAGCUCCCUGGAGGCCUUUGUUUCCUCCUGCUAACCGGAAGUACAACAAGGACCUGAAAGGUCUUCCUGCCCUGCUGGAAACCUUGAGGCCUGGGCUCCAGCUCUUCCCCCUUUUCGUGGCUCUCACCUUUUCUGUGAUUGAACCAGGACCCCAGAUCCCUGUAUUCACAAACUACUACACUAUUGUAAUUUCCCCUUAUUCUGGUGCCAACCUGCCUUGGGGAAAUUGUGGAAACUGGUAAUCAUGGUGCUGUUGAUAUUUCCUGUCUGGUUGGGGUCAAGGCACCUGUACUCACAGGUGGUCCUGAGCACCUGGGUUCUGCCUUUGUGGCCGGGGCCAGAGGAACAAAAGACUUGCCCCUUGUGGGGGUGCUUGUGACAGGCGCCUUGGUCUGCAAUAAAGCUCUGGUGAUGUUUC